AGUAUGUAUUUUAAAGGUGUCAGUUGUCCAUAAAAGUAGACCAAAGCUAUAUUUCCAAAGCUGUCAUCAGACGGCUGUCGUUGACAGCUAGCUUGCUCUAAAAACAACAUUCGACAGCCAUGAAGACGCACUGACGGUUUUUAGCUACGCCGGUCGCUGUCCAAGGUGCUGAAUCGUGAUGCAUUUCGUAGAUGGAUGGCAACUGGCGUUCGUGACAAGACGAAAAUUGCCAAAUAACAUGCUAAAUUGACAAUAGCCUACUCAGAAUAUUUUUCCAGAUCUGUGUGUGCUGGGACCCGAUGUCGUCGUGGAGAGAGAGACUAAAAGCAUGAGCACCCAGUGAGCCAGUGAGACCAGAUCGCAAGACAGACUCACGUCUUUGACAUCCCCCCCCCCACUAUCCGUUUUUAUUUCAAUAGACACCCCAUUAGGCAUCAUGACAUCCUCUAUGCUACGCCGACAAUUGAAGAACCUCGUUCAAAACUUCUCUGAGGCUGAGGUCAAGGUGAGGGAGGCCACCUCCAACGACCCGUGGGGUCCCUCUAGCUCGCAGAUGGCUGACAUCUCAGACCUCACCUACAAUGUGGUGGCCUGCAAUGAGAUCAUGACCAUGCUGUGGAAACGCCUCAAAGACGAUAAGAACUGGAGGCACAUCUACAAGUCAUUGACUCUGCUGGAGAACCUAUUAAAGACGGGCUCAGACCGCGUUCUGAAUACGAUGAAGGACAACAUCUACAUUGUGAAAGCGCUAACAGAGUUCCGUUUCCAAGACAAGGAUGGGAAAGAUCAGGGGGUGAACGUGAGGGAGAAGGCCAAGGUAGUACUGGUUCUUAUGGAGGACGAUGAGAAACUAAAGGAAGAGCGAGAGUUUGCACUCAAGACCAGAGACAAGAUCUCAAAGAACGCCGCUGCCUCCUCGGACGACCCCAACGACCCCAAGGACCCCAACUACAAGCCAGUGUAUGUCCCAGGAGCCACCGGGCUCCCCUCCCUUGCCAACAUCCCAUCUGUGGCUGAUCUUGCCGCCAGCUUUGAGGCCAAGAAGCAAGAAAAACUGAGACGAGAGGCCCAGAAAAAAGAGGAGGAACGAAGGUCAAAGAUGACCAAGGAAGAGCUUGAAUGGGAGGAUGCCGCCAAAGCAGGAAAGCCUAAGGUUGCUGAUGGCUUUGGCGGGGCAGAUGAACCAUCAGAGGACGAUGCAUGGGGCGCAGCAGCCAAAGCACCCGCUCCUGAUCCUUGGGGGGGUGCGCCCAAAGCUCCAUCCGAGGAUGCAUGGGGUGGAACAUCCAAAGCUCCAUCCGAGGAUGCAUGGGGUGCACCAUCUAAUGCUACAACAGAAGAAGCAGAUCCUUUUGCGGCGCCAGCCAGUGCCCCAAUAGAUGGUUCAGAUCCUUUUGCUGCGCCAGCCAGUGCCGCAAUAGAUGGUUCAGAUCCUUUUGCGGCGCCAGCCAAUGCCCCAAUAGAUGGUUCAGAUCCUUUUGCGGCUCCAAAAGAUGGUUCCGAUCCAUUUUCGGCACCAUCUAAAGUUGAAGCUGAUCCAUUUGGGGCACCAAAAGAUGAUCCAUUUUCAGCACCAUCCAAUACACCAAAAGGUGGUUCUCAUCCGUUUGGGGCACCAAGAGAUGAUCAAUUUUCGUCACCGUCCAAUGCACCAUCUAAAGUUGAAGCUGAUCUGUUUGGGGCACCAAAAGAUGAUCCAUUUACGGGACCAUCCAAUGCACCAUCUAAAGUUGAAGCUGAUCCGUUUGGGGCACCAAAUGAUGAUCCAUUUUCAGCACCAUCCAAUACACCAAAAGGUGGUUCUGAUCCGUUUGGGGCACCAAAAGGUUAUCCAUUUUCAGCACCAUCCAAUACACCAAAAGUUGAUUCUGAUCCGUUUGGGGCACCAAAAGAGGAUACAUUUUCAGCACCAUCCAAUACGCCAAAAGACGGUUCAGAUCCCUUUGGGGCACCAAAAGACGGUUCAGAUCCUUUUGAGGGCCCAUUGAAUGUCCCAACGAAGGGUGCUGAUCCUUUUAGUGCACCAUCCAGUCCAAAAACCGAUGCUUCAGACACGUGGGGUGCUCCAUCUAAUCCACUGUCCGAAAAGAAGGCUGAUCCCUGGGGAGACGAGGGGACCACAGCUGCCUCUCCCCCCACAGAUCCAUUUGGUGAUGGCUCGAAGGCUGAUGGUGACGCAUGGGGACCAACAGCAUCGUCUCCGCCCACCGCCAGUGACCCUUGGGGUGCACCUGCAGCUCCCACCGACACAGCAUCCACAGACGACCCCUGGGGAGAUGGAGGGGCUUCCACCACCUCAGACGCUAUGAACUCUGACCCAUGGGGAGCUCCAAGUAAUGGCACAGACAAUGGAGCCACAGCGGACGAAGACAACAAAUCGCCAGCUUCCUUCCAUGGUGCCGGCGCUUCGCUCGUGGACGUGGGCUCAGUCCUUUCCCCCCAAACCCAACCCCCCCCGCACCAAGUAACAAAGUAAGGACGGGUAAACGAGAGACCAGACCCUGAGAGAGAUAGACAGAGAGAACCAGAGGGUGAAUAUGAGAAGUAUAUUUAUGUUCAUUUAAAGCAGUGUUUGUGAUUCAGUGUUUUCACUAGGCCUUCCUCCCCCCUAUAGUGCAUAACUGUUGUGUGGGUCAGUAUCGGUAGUAGCCAUGCAUAGAUUUUAGAGAUGUAACCUUUUCACUCCUCUCUCUGUUCUAUACUCUCUCUUGGAAUGCUCUGUACUGUAUAUCUGUCCUCCCUCCCUUGCCCCAUUUUCUUUUGCUUUUCCUAAUUUCCUAGGCGUUUUACAAGGCUCAGGCAUGGCUGGCCCUAUGGGCAGAGUCACAUCCAUUGCUGGAGUGUCUCGUACUACAAUCUCCCCAAACUCCAGCCUUUUUGGUUCCACCCACAUGUCCUACGGUGUUACCCGCCUUUGGGUCCCACAACCCCUUGCUGGGGCCUCCUUUAACCCAGCUAUCAUCCCAUUCCCUGGGAAUGCCUCAUCCUGGCCUGGCAAUGCCUGAAAUGGGACCUCAGAUGGCAUGCCUCUGUUUUGGAGCUGGGAUGGUACAACCCAAUUGUCUGGGUUGGGUUCCUCAGGCAGGACACGCUGCAGUGGAGCUUCCACUCCUCAAAUGGGAGGGUGGUCCCUUUGCAGUGACACAUGAUUUUAGACACCAGAAUGGGAGAUCCUCCCCAACGGAACAACAAUCCUAUACUUUUUUGAAACGCUACAACCUGUCCAGCUCACCUUCCUCAACCCCAAUAUCUGCAAUGGUUAAUAUAUAUAAUGUACAUGUCCAAUGUAAGUGUAUGCAAUAAUAUGUAAGAAAUGAAACGAGACAAAAUAUAAGUAUCUCAAAAUAGUUUUUCCAAGAAAAACAUUCAAUUUUGGUUGAUUCGAUGUUCAUUUCGGUUCUUUCAAGAGUGGGAAGCUGAGAUGGGGCCGUAGGAGUUAGUUCCAUUUAGUCCUUCUGUGAUUUUGUUCUUGUGCUGUGAUUUUUCAAUUAGACUGGUUAUUAUCAAUGCUCACCUUCUCUAUGCUUGACUCAUGAGGCUCUGAGAUAGGUGGAUGGAGGGUUGAGAAGACCUGAUGAAUCAUUACAGUAGUCUACAAUGGAACAUGUACACAGAAAGAACAGGAUGUCAGUAGAGCUGCUAUCCGGAGGUGUGUGUGUGUGUGUGUGUGUGUGUGUGUGUGUGUGUGUGUGUGUGUGUGUGUGUGUGAGAGAGAGAGAGUUUUGUGUGGAGGUGAGAUCCUUGAGCAAAAGUAACUUAUUUUGUGAUUUUUUUUUUAAAAGUACAAUUGUAUCUAUUUAUUCAUUUACUUAUUAGCCUAUUUACUGUAUUUAUUAAUUCAAUUAUUUGUUUGUUUCUUGAACACUUUGCCUCCGACAGAUACUUUCAAAACAAACUAGAGCCAUAUUCAAAUUCAAUCAUCUCACAUUACUGACAGCAAGCAUCAAAGUGGUCAUUGUCCUGUGGGUUUCUUUAGUUGACCAUUGACUUUAGUUGGAAAAGGUCAUAUCCAGUUGGAUAGAACCCAUAAUCAUCCACAAGUACUUAUUUACUUGUGUUUGGGAACAAACAGAUUGUGUACAAAUGAAAGCUGAAUUUGUCAUCUUUUUUUCCUGUCCUUGCGUGUGUUGUUGAAAACUGUGUCUCAGUCAGUUGAAAGUCUUUUUGUCAAAUAUUUGUAUGACAAGACAACAUCCCAUGCACACGGUAUUGUUAUGUUUAUCUAUUCAGUGAGUUUUCAUCGUAAGGCCUAUGAAUCCUACGGGAUGCUUGUCAUUCUGUGUUUUGCGUUUCCUCUUUGGCCUAAAAAAAAACAGUUGAAAUACUACAACACGGUACACAAAAUGAAAAUGAAUUAAUCUGAAUCGUAGUGCAAAAGGAUUAGUGUUGUUACGAUAAUACAUUUUAUCGUGGCUACUAUUAUCAUUUAAUUCGUAUGAUAUACUUUUUUUUAUUUAUGUCAAGGCUGUGGUGGAAACUGUGACAGUAACACAUUUGAGAAAUAAAGUUAUUCAAUACUUGAGAUCUCAGAUC